GAAAGUGUUGAUGUUUUCUUCCUCAUGGAUUUUUUGGUAUUAAUUUUGAUUUUAAGAAUUGUUGCAUUAAACUAUUAUAUGUUUUGAUUACUGCUUCAUUCUAAUGCCUCAUCCUAGUCCUGGCGCUGGCUUAAGCAAGUUUGAAUGCAGGUGUAAGGUGUAAGGAAGGAGGGAAGAAAGAGACAAUAAAUGCUGUGCUCUAAUUGAACUCUCAGGAUCCUGUCCAUUUUGUUUACAAAAAUUGUUUUCUUCUUACUUCUUUAAUUCUUCAGACCUCCUGGUCUUUGAAAAAGAUGUCUGGUUUCAGCAUUCCAAACUAAUCAUAUUGAAAGCUGUGUUGUGUUCUUUACAUCUACUAAACCUACCAGAUAGGUAUUAUUUUCCUCAUUUUGUAUGUGAAAUAAACAAAGAUGGAGAGAGCUUAAAUGACUUGCUAAGGACACACAGCUGGUGGAGUGGAUGAAUUGGUAUUUCUGCCAAACCAGACCUCAGAACCUGUGGGGAAAAUGCUACCUCUGUCUUCUGAGUAGUGGGUGAGCCAUUGUGGUGGAACCUUGGAGAAAUAAGAGACAGAAGAUAUUUGCAUUAUGAUGUCAUAGAGGCCAUGGGGCCCCAUGGAAACAGAAACAAGCAAAGAUACUGGAGCCCUGGGCUCUGGGCUGGGACCCAGGGGAGAUAGAGUAUUAGGGUGCCCCAGAGGAGGUCACUGGGCCAUUCCAGUCUUGUGCUGGGGGUGGACCUUUUCUGUCUGUGGAGGACAUUUCCCAGAAAUUAACACAAAGGAUGGAAUUAACAACGGGGCUCUGGUCAGUCCUGUAGGGUGAGUUGGCUGGGCCUCCUGUGACUUUGAACAUCUGUCAGCUCAGUGACCUAGCUGGGAACAAGUUUGGACCAGACUACAAAGCCAUAACAAGGCUGGAGAUGAGGAACCCCUGGCCCUGAGCAGGGACAGGUUGUCUGUGGCUGGCCUGUAUGACCAGAACAGACUCAGAAACUCAGGUUUCAGGCAGGUGAACUAGGCUGCCUACUCUGCUUGUUCAGAGCUACUGGGCUCUGGAUCUCAUUUCCCAGAAGAGACGGCAGCUCUGGGCCAAUCAUCUCCCCUCUGCUGAAUGCCUGCCUUAGGCCCAAUCGAAGAACAGGAUGGUACCAGAGAAGGAGGACAAUGGUAUUUAUCCUGCUUACCUUAGAGACCAAAUAAGAAAGAAAGCAUGGAAGCUGCCUGGAAUGGUACAAAAUUCCAUAUAAGGUAAAAACCACCCAUUGAGGCCCAGCUAAAGUUUCACUACUUUCCUAAAGCUUUUGCCUUCCUUUAAUCCAGACGCCAGAAUUUGCUCCACUGCUCAAGCUUGUGGCUCAAUUAUGCAUGAGGCGCAACAUAUGAAAGCCAGCUACGUGUCAUGUGCCUGAGCCAGGCCAGCACCAGCCCACUGUUUUGAGGGGCCUGUGGAGCCUCAGACACAGCCUUGGAAGGAAGUAAUCCACAUACCAUGCACUUCAGAAGCUGUUGUUCGAGCCAAGUAUUUUCUACUUUCAAGAACGCAGAUAAUGCUGAAACAGAAAGGAUCUUCUGAGAGUAUUCAACCUAGAUUUUCUCUAAAGUGUUAUCGGGAAAACUUCCAUAUCGGCAUCCUCUGUAGAGCUUGAUUAAAAUGCAGAUUAUACAGACCCCUCCCCCCAUGCCCACUGAAUCAUGCUCUCCAGGGAUGGGGCCCAAGAAACUUCACGUUAAACUCCUGAGAAUCUCUACCAAAUGUUGGAGCUCUGUGUGAUCAGUCACACGAUAUUCACAAGGAUAUUGGCAUUCUCUAUGAAGAGGCAACAUUGAGUCAUGUACAACAAUUUUUGGCAUGUCUCCAAUUCAGCUCUCAGCAUCCCCUAGUGUCUUCUUGAUGGCUAACAGCUUUGGCUACUUGGUCUUGACACUGCUUCUCUGAUCACAGAGCAAAUCCACUGUUUGUCCAUUCAUCUCCAAUACUGGUACUCCAUUCUACUCAUUCCCACUUGAUUCCAGGAAAUAUAAUGGAGAAGUACAUGGAAUCUCCACCUACCUUGCAGGCUGAGCCUUCCUUUCCUCAGGCAGAGAAUCUGACUCUGCAACCACAAAUGCAGCAUCCAACCAAGGAGAACUCUGCUCUGAAAGACCAAGGUAUGCCUGCCCUGGCCACCCCAGCGAUGACUGUACCCUGCUCAUUUGAGCAUCUCACCAAGAUUCAUGAUGACCCUGCCAGUCUUGCAGGAUUCCUUGCUCAGGUGACUACCUACUUGACAGAUCUACAGCUCUCCAAUCCUUCAGAUGAUGCUCGGGUCAAACUCUUUUUUGGCUACCUAUCUCAGCAGUUGGGAAGUUGUGGGGCCAUAUCUAGGCCUGACCAGAGCACUUUGCUAAAGCAAUAUGAGAACUUUGUUCUUGAGUUCCAGCAGUCAUUUGGUGAAUCCAAAAAACAGGAAAUGAACCCUUUGAUGAAUACUAAGGUUGACAAAGGGGACAACUCCUCUCAACAGGACAUUACUACUUUCCAGCUUUUUGCUCAAAAUCUAAGCUGUCAUGAAACCAAUCAGAGUUGUCAUUUCAAAGAGGGACUAGAUGACUCCAUCCAGGAUGAAGAGAGUGUCACAGAUAUGAUGGACAAUCUCCCAGACCUAAUCACUGAGUGCAUUCAGUUGGACAAGAAACAUAGUGACAGGCCAGAGCUCCUACAGUCGGAGACUCAGCUCCCCAUGUUGGCUUCCCUGAUCCAGAAUCCAGCCCUCUCCAGCUCCACAGGUCCUCCACCCAAGGAAGAGCCUAUACAGCUGCGGGGAAGCCAGCCACCUCUCACUCCAGCCAAACGAGCUCGCCAGCAAGAAACUCAGCUAUGCCUCUACUGCAGCCAGGCUGAUCACUUUACAAGAGAUUGCUUUGCCAAACGUUCUCGAGCCCCAGCAAGGACAAAUAACACAACUCACCAGUAAGAAGAUCCCUGGAAAGUCACUUUGUAAACUUACAUGCCUCUCACCUCUCGCCUUACUAAUUUAUAUCCUGCAGUAACUUUUAAAAUACAGGUGAGGGAAUGUAAUAUCACUUUGUAGGUAGUCAUGAACUGAUGUACAUCAGGGAAUUUGAAUGACAAGAUCUUGUUCAUUGGCAACUGACGCCUCACCAAACCUGACCCAAUGAUGAAAACAAUUUACAGACACUUUCUCCAGUUUGUUCCAAUUCCCCAAGAGUACUGAAAGCCUUCUGGCAAAACUUUGUCCAAUCUCAGCCAAUGAAAAUGACUCUAGCAGUGCAUUGGGAAUGCCAUCUUCACCAAUGAGUUCGAUCUGGGUUGAGUUUGUUGGCCCAAGUCCUGUAUCUUGUGUGUCUAGGAUUGGGCCCAAACCUUUUACCCUCACUCUCAUUGGUCUGUAUCCUGUUGGUUUAGGAUCUUUGGCUAAAGUCCUAAUUGGAUUCCCGUAUCCUGCUAGUAUUCUCCUAGAGUCUGGAUCAUGCUCCACCUAUUGACUGGCUCUAGCUUCAACACAAAGCAACUUUCCUGGAACCACAACUCUGUCACCCUUCUAUACAGCUAUGUAUUCUGUCGCCAUCUAAAGACUACUGCUUGCCUAACAAACUAAGCCUCUUGGCUAUUAACAAACCAGAUUGUAUGACCAUUUGAACAAUCUGUUUAGAACUGUUGGUCCCCUUCUUUGAGGGCCAGCCCUUCAGGCAUGUACAUGCUUUUAGCCAAGCCCUACCAAUUCCAGCUUACUCCCCUCUUCCCCGACAACCCUACUUGAGGUUCAAACAUGUCUUAUGGCCAAGUCAAAAUGUUCUAGAAUAAUGACCUCUGAAAUAUAUUUAGUAAGAAUA